AUGAGCACGGGUCACCAACCUGGCCUCUUCAAAAGGCCAGCAAAACCGCACAAAACUUUCAAGGGAAAACGAUCAAAAGGACAGAUUGAUGCUGAAAAUAGAGGCCGUGUGGCAGUUUCUGCAGUUGUUCGGUCGCGAAAGCGUUUUCUGUCGAAGAGCGAACGGCUCCAACAAGCUGCCCAAAUUCGAGCAAACAAGCGCCGAAGUGCUCUUGAACAACGUCGUGGGUUAGAUGGAGGCUGGGUUCCUCGGUUCAAGUCAAGGAUGGGUUUACUAACUCCAGAUCCCAGGAGAGUCGACGAUGUUUUGGAUUGCAUAAAGGUCUGCCAUCCAUCGUUCAAUGUGACCCCCAAUUUCGCUCAAAUUCCCAUUGGAAAGAAGCGCGAGGAUGCCAGGAAGCAUGUGCAAUCAUUGAUCACCGAUGAGAGUUUGGUUGCAAGCAAACUGUUCUGCUCCGAUACUGAGGCCGAGCAAAUUCUGCUUGUUCGGCAUUUCAUCGAUAUGAAGAAGAACAAAAUGAUAUUGCAGAAGCGUCGUCCACAUAUUCUGGUUGAGAAAUUGGAGCUUGCUGACGACAACAAUGAAAAAGCUGUUAUCAAAGAAGAUGAUACGGCUCCAAAAGUGUUGGUGGUUGCCGAUGAGUCGCGACGUGAACCCCUUCAGUCAGAAAUUGUCCCAGAUCCAAUGGAUGCUGAACAGACAUGGCCUGACGAGUUCGAUAUUGCUGAUGAUGCCAAAUGUAGCACCGUGAUGAAUGAUGAGGACAGCGCCGACGAGGAAGAAGAGGAAGAUCAUGUCAAUGAAAUGGAGAUGGAUGCAGCUACUGAAAUGAGUGAAGGGGAGGGUCGACAUAUUGAUGAAAGUGACGAUAUGAUGUCGGAAGUCGAUGACGGAGAUGAAGCUGAUGACCUUGACGAAGUGAUGGUUGUGAUAGCUCUUUAUUUCAAGGUGGAAAAAUAUCGUCGUGAAAGAGAAGAUGCGCAGUUUCCUGAUGAAGUUGAUACUCCCAUAAACGACCUCGCAAGAAUUCGUUUCCAGAAAUACCGUGGACUGAAAAGUUUCAGAACAUCUCCGUGGGAUGCCAAGGAGAACCUACCGUCGGACUACGCGCGAAUAUUCCAGUUUCAAAACUAUAAGAAAACAAAAAAGACAGUUCUUAGUGAAAUUGGCGAUUACGAUUCUACAGCAUGCGUCUUUUCUGGGCAGUAUGUCACCUUGCAGAUUGAUAGAGUUCCGAUUACACUCGCUCAACAAUGGGACCCAUCUGCCCCCUUGAUCUUGUACCAGCUGUUGCCUCAUGAACAGCGUAUGUCUGUGUUAAACUUCGUAAUCCGAAAACAUCCUUCAUGUAAGGUUCCGAUCAUGAGCAAACAGAAAUUAAUCUUCAGUGUCGGAUUCCGUAAAUUUGAGGCGUCUCCCAUUUUCAGUCAGCACACUAAUGGAAACAAGUUCAAGAUGGAACGUUAUUUGCCUGCGAAUUUGCCUGCGAAUGCGUGUUGCGUUGCUUCUGUCUUCGCGCCAAUUACUUUUCCUCCGGCAUCAGUCUUGGUAUUCCGUGAAGGCAAAGCAGGCAAAGAGGAACUCGUUGCAACAGGAUCGCUGUUGGAUAUUAAUCCUGAUAGAAUAGUUUUGAAACGAAUUGUGCUGUCAGGGCAUCCGUUCAAAAUUAAUAAACGAUCGGUUGUUUGCCGUUACAUGUUCUUCAACAGAGAGGAUAUCGAAUGGUUCAAGCCAGUGGAAUUAUAUACACCAAGUGGCCGCCGCGGACAUAUAAAGGAAGCUCUGGGUACACAUGGUCAUAUGAAAUGCCGAUUUGAUCAACAACUAAACGCUGCUGAUUCCGUAAUGAUGUCUCUUUACAAGAGAGUCUUCCCCAAGUGGACUUAUAACCCCAGGGUAGGACGAUCAGGAAGUAAGGUUACUGCGUCGCAAGAAAGCGAGGCCAUGGACGAUUGA